ACGUGAAAGGAGACACACCCAAAUAUCUCCACCCGGCUGGGGAAUCGAACCCCGGUCCUCUGGCUUGUGAAGCCAGCACUCUAACCACUGAGCUACCGGGCGUGUGUGUGUGUGUGUGUGAGUCUUAGGAAGGGAUGUGUUUUGUAGCAAGAGACUAGACCAACACUGUACUCUCACAAACAGAGACUGCCUUUCCCUUUCAUACACAGUCUACAAGUAUUGAUACAUAUAUUAUAUCCUGUCUAACAUUGUUUGGUUCAUGGUGAUGCAAUGGACAAGCCCUCCAUCCCACAGUUUACCACUAUUAGGAAAGACUACUGCUCCCUUUCCUAUACUUGUCCAUGUGAUGUCCUUUAGAUUAAUGAAAUCCAUAUCAUUUAGUGUGAGCCUUGCAAGAAAGAGGUGGUGGAGAUCAGCAAGUAUCCAUUUAAGCUCUUGGAAAUUAUCACUAGCUACUAUUAGUGUGAGUCCAACAGUAGAGAGGUUGUGAUUGUAAGGACCAUUAAACUGAAUCAUAAUCAGUUGAUGUAAGUCAGCAAGUGUAGUGGAGGUCAGGAAGUGUUCAUGAAACUCAUGUAUUAUCAGAUACAGUAAUUCUCACUGAGUUGUUGACAUUUCCACUACACUCAGAUCAAUACAAGCUACUGGAAGAACACUGUAAGUACAUAUGUGUACUGUGCAAUUAAAUACCAAUAGUUGUGGCAAUACUUUAUUUAUUGAGAACAUGUAUAUAUACUGUCCUGUAUGUUCAUCUGUUUCUGGAAUUUUCUUGGGUUGUAUUUUGUCUUAUUACAAAUAUAUAGCAAUAUUGAGUAACUUUGUGACUAUGAUCGAGUAACAUGUAUUAUAGCACAUUCUUAUGCUUUGUUUAGUCUUCAUGCAUUAUAGGCUCAUGUGAGUUGAGUAAAAGGAAGGGAUUGUGAAAUAUGGCAAAAAAAUAAAUAAAUAAAUAAAAAAAAAAAAACGAAAUUGUUUCAGGAACAAGUCUCCAUCUGUUUUAGUAGUUAUAUUCAUCCUAAUCUCACUGAAACAAGCCGUUCAAAUCAUAUAAUUCAAGCUAGGUAGCAAUUACUUUUCAUUUCAGUGUUAUGAGAAUAUGCCAAUGCGCUUGUAUAUAUCCAUGCUUCAUAAUUAGUUCAUGAAAAUGUAAGUAAUUAAGUUGGUCUGGCUGCUUAAGACAUUUAUUUACAUCUUAUACUUUGUUUACGGCAUCUUAAUACACCAUAUUAGCUUUACGGUAAAAUGAAUCAGCUGAUGGGAGAAUAUGUGGGAGAGAAAGAAGAUUAAAGGAGAGCGCAGCGCCGAAGAGAUUAAUGCCUGGGAGUGAAGAGUGCCAAAUUAAGGUAAGAGAAAGAGUGACUGUUUUAGAGUUACCUUUGUGUGUGUGUGUGUGUGUGUAGAGAGAAAGAGAGAGAGAGAGGAAUAUAGUUUGGUAAAGAAUUCACUACCUAGGUAGUUAUAAUGUUGAAAAAUGUAUAGUGUGCUUAGUUAUAAGGAUAAUCAAUAAUAACAAAAAAAGAAGAACGAAUGAAUAAGUAUGUAGCAGGUAGGUAAAUGAAAAAGGAUAACAGGUACCAUUACGGUAGGCAACAACACAUAGAAAAUGAAUAAAUAAAUAAAUAUAUUAAAGGAAGGAAAGAAGAAGAAUAAUGCAAUUAUCAAUCAAUUAAUCAACCAGCCAGAAAGGAGUUAGUUACAUACAGGAAGGUGAAUCAGGCGAGGCCGAAGGAUGGUGUGUCGAAGUGUCCAAGUGUCGCAUUCCACAAUGUUUAAUGUUUAUCGCGCGGGCCGCGGUGGAGUCUGACUGUCUGAGGCCGAGCUGUAAGCAUUGAGCCUAAGCAGGGAUGAGUGUGGGGGCGUGUGGACUGUGGGGAGUGAAAGCAGAUGGUCCAGCCUGACACUGCAUGACAGUCGUGGUGGUCCACCGCUGUCUGACACUGACAAUCGUGGUGGUCCACCGCUGUCUGACACUGACACUCGUGGUGGUCCACCGCUGCCGGACAUUGACAUUCGCGGUGGUCCACUGCUGUCUGACACUGACAAUCGUGGUGGUCCACCGCUGUCUGACACUGACAAUCGUGGUGGUCCACCGCUGCCGGACAUUGACAUUCGCGGUGGUCCACUGCUGUCUGACAAUGACAAUCGUGGUGGUCCACCGCUGCUUGACACUGACAAUCGUGGUGGUUCACCGCUGCCUGACACUGCAUGACAGUCGUGGUGGUCCACCGUUGCCCGUUGGUGUGGACUCGUGGUGUGCCUGUGUAACAUGUUUAUUUAGUCUUCUAAACAGUUUGAUGUCCUUCAACUUGAAGUAUAUCCAAAUAUAAGGGCUUCAUCAAGAGUCAAUAAGGAGCUUAUGUAGUUCUGUUUUGAAUUUUUUUAUUCUGCAUUCUGUGUUGCAUUUUAUGUGUUUGGGGAGUGAGUUAAAUAUGGGUGGUGCAUCAUACAUGUGCCAGGCUGGCUGCCAGAACUGAUUGCAUUCUCCUUGGUGCUUGAGUUGUGUAGAUGAAGGACUGAAAGAAUGAUUCUAUUAAAUCAUGAAUGUAAUGUGACCAGUUUUGCCUCACUAGAUAUUGAAUAUAAGAAUAGAUGAUGGCUUAAUGCCUCACUGAAUAUGGAAGGGGAGAUGCAGGGUAUCCAGAAUAUUUCCAGCAGUGUGUAGACUUAUGAUGAACGACAUAGCUACUGUAGAUGCUUACUUAGGCUGGCUUGUUCUGAUCUCUGCCAAAACCAAUGCUUAUGACAUGAUGCAGAACAGAACUCUGGCAUAACUCAAGGACUUCUUUAUUUCCAUGACAGGCCAGGAUGACAGAGAAGCCGGAGCUGCUUGGAGAGACGCUGACCCGCCACUACCGGCUGUCAUGUGAGUUGUUGGGCAGUUACCCUGUACCACACUUCACCCACCAGCUCUCUCGGGGCAGCCUGGACCUUCACCUGGACACCGUUGACUUGGACCACCUGGAGGUGUUGUGCCACACUCUCAAAAACAAAGUUUCGCCUUCUUCUCUCAGGAUCAGUGUGCCAAAGGCCAAUGAAGUGUCUGCAGUGGUGGCAAGGGUAGUGGAGCGUGCAGUGGAGGGUGUGGGGGUGUGUGUGGUGGCCUCCCUCACCCUCACUUUGCUGAGCCUGGAUGGUGUGAGGCUUGCAGGCAGGAUCCUCAAGCUGCUAUGUGAGGGACUAAGAAAGGCCCGUACUGUAAAGUCUCUAGUCAUGAGGAACUGUAGUCUUGGAGACUCUGGAACAGAGAGUGUGUGUCAGGCAGUCAAGAAUGUGCCCAGCAUCACUCACCUGUCACUGGUCAACUGUGGGGUGGCAGAGAGAGGAGCCACUGCUGUCGCAUGUCUCAUAAAGCAUCAGAGGCUGAAUAGGGACAGUGCAAUGUGGCAGGACACCCUCAGACAGAGGCAGCCCCACCUGGAUGGCAUGAAGGGUCUGCGUCGCCUUACUCUUAACAUUAACCCAGCACUUGGAGAUCAGGGUGUGGCUGCCAUCACCGAGGCUCUCACCGAGGACCUCUGGAUCAAAGCAUUGGACCUGCAGCACUGUGGUGUGGGUACAGAGGGUGGUGCCUCAGUCCAGGCUCUGCUGCAUGCCAACCAGACGUUGGAGGUGGUGGACCUUAGGAAUAACCCCUUCCUGCCGGACACUGUGGUGGGGCAACUGGCCAGCCUCCUGCAGGGCCGAUGCUCAGAGGUUAGCUCUCAGUAUAGCUGGCUCAGGACCUCAGAAUUGGAGGAGAAAGAGGAGGCCGUGUUGGGUGAUGGCUAUCGGCAAGGAGGCAAACCAGGGUACAGGGGUAGUGGAAGGAUCAUGAAGACCAGGAAGGGCAAGCAGGUCCCUCACGUACAUCCCAGCAAAAGACCCACACCUCCCUCCCAGCUGGGUGUGCCUUGGAGGGUGGAGCACAGGCUGUAUGAGAGAAGGGAGGGACUGGCAGCAGGGGCCAUGGUGAAAGGGUACAGCAGGGAGUGGGAGGGUGGUGGGGAAGCCAAACCUCUCUCCAAUGAGCCUGUUCCUGAGGCAGAUAUCAAGAAGAUGAGAAAGAAACUGCAGCUAUACAGGAAGAAAUACCAGAAGGAACGUGAGCAGAGGAAGAAGUUGGAACAUAAGCUGUCCCACAUACAGAGACAGCUGCAGGGCCUUCACACACUGGAUGAGGCCACACUCACCCACAUUGAAGAGUGCUUCCUUAAGUUCCACAUCUUCCUCUCCAUGAUGCACCACUCUGGAGAAGACUCUCUGUCAUCAUCGUCUGGUGGUGUCAGUCCAUCUUAUCACCUACCUAUGGAACCAAGUAAGACCCAAACUCACCCAGACAGCAUGCUUCUCUCAGGAAACUUAUCCUUCCUUCCAUCAUCCACAAUACCUAUUCCUGUGGUCAUUCACCAGCCUUCCUCCCCUGACAGCCAGCAGCAACCCAUCCCUGCAUUGCAUACCAGUGACUGCAGGCAGGGAGGUGAUGGAAUGCUGGAAAAGGUAGUAUGUGAAUCAAAACUGUCAAAUAAAAGGAAGAAAGAGAAGUUGAAUGCUACCAGACCUGAGAAGAAUUUUGUUGGUCAAGGCCACACAUCUGGGAGUGAAGUACAAGAGAGGAAUGACACAGGAGUUACUUCAGAAAUCAUGAUAUCUAGUCAGUCUAGAAACGUAUCAUCUUCAUCCACACACGGCCAGCUGGCAAACAAGGAAGAUGUAGGAGAGGAAACAAUGCUAGAUAGAGAUAUGGAUGAGGGAGUGACUACUAAGAUAAAGAAUAGUAAAUGCAAGAGUGAAGAUUUAAGCAACAAAGGUAGUGAUUCUGUGGCCUAUUCAAGUCCACUGAAAGAGAAAGAGAUACAGAAGAGAACACAGUUUAAUGGUAAUACUCAUCAGGAUAUUGGUGACUUCAAAAAGACUGCCAAGGAACAAAAACUAAUAAUUUCAUCUAGCAGUGAUUAUGUUGCAGUAAGAGUGGAAUCUGGGACCAAAGAGAAUAAAGGAAUUAAUGAGGAGUGGAAUAAUGAGAAGACUGAUGAACAUGCCAAUGGAAUAUAUGGAAAGAGAAUCCUAUCUGUGAGAGAAGAUGAAGAGCUUGAGACAGAAGUGCAAUCUCAGGAGCUUUCAUUUCUAAACAAAGUCAUGGAGAUCCACACUCCACAAGGACUCUUAGAAGGUAACUGGCAUGAAGAAGAGAAGUCUGAGAAGGAAAUGCUUUAUUUAAAACCAGAGAGCCAAGGAUCAGAAAAAAGUCAGUCACCCAUCACUUUAAAGAAUAAGAUCUCUAAAGAAGGACAACUACUCCAGAAAACUCCCUCAAGUCACCUGUACCAAGAAUGCCCAACACCAAACGAUGAGAGAGCUGAAGAACCAUUGUACCAACACAUACUAGACUAUCAAGAAUCAUCAGGUAGCUCCUCUCCAUCAAGUCAGUCAUUCUCAAGCCAGUCACCUCCCAGCCAAUCACCAAGAAAAGCUCAUCCAAUACCAAGAUGCCAGUUACCUCAGAGAAGCAAGUCUCCACAGAAACAGUCUCCUAAGAAAAGCAGAUCAUCUAGGAACAAACCACUGGGAAUACAGGGCAACGAGGUCAGUGAGACAGAUGAUGACAAAAUGAGGAAUUUGAGUGUGUGGCUGCAAGGACGAGUACAAGGGAGAGGCACCACAUCCUCUUCCUCCUCUGUGUCCAUCAGUGAGCACCUGCAACACUCACACACAUCCUGGACCAAGAGAAAGGUUUGUCAGGAGGAACGAGCAAAGGAGGAGGAGGAGGAGGAUGGGGAAAUGGAGGAGCUGCCAGGUGGAAGCGAGAUUGACUUAAGUGAUUGUGAAGAUCUGAGUCUCUCCGGCCUCACGUUGAGUAACACUUCUAUUCCUGAGGAUGUAAACACAGGUGGUGAAGAGGAUUUUUAGACUCCAAGCAAGGGAUUUUAAGACAGUCUUGCAUGUUCUUGAGGGCAUUUUAAGACAAUUUGGCAUGUUUUUAUGGUAUUUUAAGACAUUUGGCAUAUUUUGAUGGCAUUUGAAGAAAUUUAGGCUAUGAUAAUACCAUUUUAUUGACAUUAGGAAGGGUGUAUGGAGGUCAUAAGAUUAAUGGGCACAGUCUUCAUUAUUUUAAUCGCCCACAUGAGUUUGUGAAGCAAGUGUUGGAUUCUCAGGACAAAGAUGC